AGAGUGAUAACUAUUUGAAUCAAUCAAUUGAAGCUCCAGUUAGUGAUACAGGAGUGAGAUACUGGAUUCGGAAUUUGAUUUCAAAUCAAAUUGCCAAGUUUAGUUUCCACUUGUCAUCAAAUUUUGAUAAAGCAUCUGAAAACUCCUCAACUUUUGAUUCCUUAUUGAAAAAUCUCUUUGAGUGGUAUAAAUUUUUAAGACCUGUUUUCUUCUUAGGUGCUAGAAUUGCUCUGAGUAGAAUUGUUUACAUUCCAGUAUGAUUUACCGUUAUGUCUUUCUAUUUCUUUGACUUCUCUCAUUACUAACUUCAAAAUAGAUUCUUGUUGUCCUUUUAGCUCCAGGAAUUUUGAUUGUUCUAUUAGUUCUUUCAGCCAUGUUUGGUGUGUCAUCAGUUGCAAUUGGUCUUUUCACAAUUACAUCAGUUGCUACUUUUGUUGGUUUCACUUUUAUUGUUGUUCCAGGUUUGAUGUUGGCUGCUAUCACUGGAGCAUCUGCUUACUUGGUCUAUACCAUUACUGGUGCUAACCAAUCAAACAAUCCAAAGUUUGAAGUAUUGCAACAAGAAUUAACGGAAAAAUUACGUGGUGCUACGAAAAAGAAAUCCAACAAUGGGAUAUAUGAAGUUCUUGAUCAGACUGGUGAAACUAAUAUUGGAAAUGAAGAUGAUGAAGACAACUUGUCUGGUUCUGUUGUCCGUUCUUCCGAUGUAGUUGAUGAUGAAGAUGUAUCCCCCAGUCCCUUAAUUGCCUAAUCAUAAUUAACUGGGAAGUAAUAGUGAGUAAGAGAAAUAUAGUGUGCGAAAAUAAAGUAAGAAAUAAAUUUUAAACGUGUACUGUAAAAAUAA